AUGGACCUUGGAAUCUGUCCUAUUCAACGCCCAUUCGCCGACAUGAAGUCCGUCAACCUUUCUGCGAUGCUGCUGGUGCCAGCGGCUCAGUACGUCAUGAGCGCUUUCGCCGACGACUGCAGCGCCCUCGUCAACAACUUGAAGCUCCCAAACACCACCGUCUGGUUUUCCACUCCCGUCUCUGCCGGAACCAAUAUUACCUUCCCAGAGAACCACCCGACAUGUACCCGCCCUGGUCAGGUCGUCGGAGUCGACAUUUGCCGUGUGUCCAUGUUGACCACUACCGGACCCAUCAGCAACGUUAGUAUUGAGGCCUGGCUCCCGUCCAACUGGACCGGCCGUUUCUUAAGCACCGGCAAUGGAGGCACUGGCGGAUGUAUUCAAUACGAGGACAUUGCCUACGCCGUCUCACGAGGCUUCGCUGCAGUCGGCGCCAACAAUGGACACAACGGCACCAUUGGCUCGCCCUUCCUCAACAACCCCGGCACCAUUGAGGACUUUGCCUACCGAUCCCUCCACACCGGCGUCGUCAUUGGCAAGGAGACGACCAAAGCCCUCUACGGCAAGGAGCACACCAAGUCAUACUACCUUGGAUGCUCAACUGGUGGAAGGCAGGGCUUCAAGGAAGCCCAAGACUUCCCCGACGACUUUGACGGUAUCGUGGCUGGUGCGCCCGCCUUCGCCUUCAACAACUUGACAUCCUGGAGCGGUCACUUCUUCACCGCCACCGGCACCUCCGACAAGCCGACUUUCCUGUCGGCGGAUCUCUGGACUCUCGUCUAUAAGGACCUGCUUAACCAGUGCGACGGUCUCGACGGCCACGUCGACGGCAUCAUCGAGGACCCUGAUCUGUGCCAGUACCGCCCCGAGUCUCUCAUCUGCGGUGCCAACCAGACGGCAAACUGCUUGACCGGCGUCCAGGCCCAGACGGUCCGCACCGUCUUCUCCGACCUGUACGGCCAGGACGGAAGUCUCGUCUACCCCCGCCUCCAACCCGGUGCCCAGCCCACCCAGAUUCUGCUCGCCGGCCGCGCGUUCCCCUACACCACGGACUGGUUCCAAAACGUCAUCUACAACGACACGACCUGGGACCCGGCCACCAUCGGCCCCAAGGACUUCGCCGCCGCCGCCGCUCAGAACCCCGGCGGUAUCGAGACCUGGAAGGGCGACCUCUCCGGCGUCAAGGACCGCGGCACCAAGGUGCUGCACUACCAUGGCCUCCAGGACCCCAUCAUCAGCAGCGACAACAGCGCGCGCUACUACAACCACGUCUCGCGCACCAUGGGCCUCACGUCCGCGCAGCUCGACGAGUUCUACCGGUACUUCCGCAUCUCAGGCAUGAACCACUGCAGCGGCGGUCCCGGCGCCAGCUUCAUUGGCAACAAGGACUCUGCUGUUGCCGGGUUCGAGCCCGAACGCAAUGUUCUCUCAGCCAUUGUCCGGUGGGUUGAGGAGGGCGUCGCGCCAGAUUCGAUCCUCGGCACUGCUUUUGUCAAUGGUACGCAGGGCGGCCAGGUUGCUUUCACGAGGAAGCACUGCAAAUACCCCACGCGCAACGUGUACAAGUCCGGAGACCCCAACUCUCCUGAUAGCUGGACGUGUGUAUAA